CCUUCCCAUCCCACAAGCAGAAGAAAUCGAGAUAACGAGAGCUAGGGUUUUGAUUCCAGACGCACGCCGCAUCCUGUCCCCUUCCUACUGCCCCUCCCUCCGCGACACCGCCUCCGCCCUCACCCUCUCUUCCCGGCAUCUGCGGAGGCGCGAGGAGGCUGAGGCCGGGAGCGCCGCCCCGAAGAAUAUUCUCCACCCCAAUCGCCGACACCCCUGCGCGCCGCGAGAGUUGCCAUUGUACUGUUGUAGCUUGCCAGUUGGUUAUUGGCUGUGUAACAACUUUGAGCUAUGUCAUAUUACGAAAGAAGGGGUGGAGAUAGGGGUAGUGGCCGUAUUCAAGGAAGUGGUGGGCGAGGUGGACAUGUCCUGCGUGGAAGAUCAGGAUUGCCUCCCCGAGGACCUCUUGGGGUUAACUCCCGUCCAUCUGCACGCACUAUUGCUAAGUCAUUUAGCAGAACCAAAGACAUGACCUGGAGACCUGAUCUAUUUAGUGAUAGCAUGGCGGCUAGUGGAAUAGAAACUGGUACAAAAUUGUACAUUUCAAACUUGGACUAUGGGGUUUCUAAUGAGGAUAUAAAGGAGCUGUUUUCGGAAGUUGGCCAUUUGAAACGCUUUGCUGUUCACUAUGAUGGUUAUGGCCGCCCAAAUGGCACUGCAGAGGUGGUGUUUACACGAAGGAGCGAUGCAAUUGCUGCACUGAAGCGUUACAAUAAUGUUCUACUUGAUGGAAAAGCUAUGAAGAUAGAAGUCAUUGGAAGUGACUUAGGCUUGCCUAUGACACCUCGUAUAAAUGUCGUUGGUGCUUCUAAUGGCAGAGCUACAAGAACAGUUGUUAUGACGCCUGAGUUUAGUCAACGUGGCAGGGGUUCAAGCAGUAGACCUCUAAGUAAUCCAAGCAACAGGUUUAACAACCGUGGUGGUUUCCAAGCUGGUCGAGGCCGUGGCCAGUUCCAGGCCCGUGGCAGGGGCCGUGGCCAGUUCCAGAGCCGGGGCAGGGGCCGUGGCCAGUUCCAGGGCCGUGGCAGAGGGAGGAAGCCUGAGAAGACUGCAGAUGAGUUGGAUAAAGACCUGGAAAGCUAUCACGCAGAGGCCAUGAAAACCGAUUGAUAGCAAGACGGUAGAUGGCGUCUGCUGCAAGAUUGUGGUUUUAUCCGUCAUUUUCUGGGAGCAAGGAACAUUCUUUGUGCUUUGGUUUCAGGAAAACUAGACCCCCUGUAGUAAACUCGAACAAAAUAUUGCCAGUGUGUAGUGUUUGCAUGAAGUUUGCAACCUGAUGUGUUUAUUUUUGUAUCGGUUGCUUGAGAUGGUGUUAAUUGUUAGGUUCAUGCUUAGAAUAAUUGUCAUUAGCCAAAAUCUGCACCUGGCCUAUUCCGCUCUGCUAUGUCUUCGCUGCAUUGUGUUGUUUUUAUCAUGGGAACAUAUAUGGUGAAAACCACAAUCUUU